GAGAGAGCGACAGAGAGAGGCAGGAAGAGAGGAAGAGAGGGAGGAGGUACAGAAGGAUACAAGGAGUCUGGAGUUUUCUACAUGGUCGCUCUGUUGAGUGUGUGUGAGUGUGAGUGUGUGUGUGUGUGUUUGGGACUUUACCGGACACCAGAGUGAGCUGCUACGCUGGACUAGGCAGCAGACAGGUGGCACACACACCUGCCCUUCUGUCCCAUUGACUGGUGCAGCACAGCCAGCAGCUGAGAGAGAGCCCAGUGAGAGUGUGUGUGAGAGUGUGUGUGAGAGUGUGUGUGUGUCAGACGGAUCUGGAGAGGGACGAAGAGGAGUUCCGAUCCACAAGAAGGAGGCGUGGCUUCACAGCAAGAAACACAAAGCAGGAUCACCAGCCUGCCGGGACCAGGCGUCAUACGACAGACAGAAGAGCCAAUCAGAACAGCCGGAUAGAGAGAGGACCCAAUCAGCAGAGCCAGACCAAAGUGGGAGGAGUCAAGAGUCACAGUGUCAGUCUUCAGUAAAGGAGGCGGAGCCGGUGCCCUUCCUCUUCCCUCGUACCCGCUCUCGCCCCCCCCAGGCCCCCGCCAUGCCCACGCUGCCCGAGGAGGACGAGGACUCGCCCGACAGCACACACAGCUCCCCCACAUCAUAUACACCUGCUCAAGGUAAAGCAGUAAAGGUUGCCGUGGCGACUCCCUCCAUUGUUCUGCCCCAGAUGGUCACCAGCGUCCAGCCCAAUCCCCGACCCGUGGAGCAGACCCGGCCCCAUAGCCCACGUCCACGCUUGGCCAGAAACUUCGCCUCCCUGGGAGUUCCUAUCACCACUGUAGACUCUGAGGGCCAUGUGCUGGACCUGCUGAAGGAUGAUCUGCCGGAGGUGUGUCUGAGUGAGGAGGAGCGCGGGAGGAACCUGCUGCUGCUGGAGGAGGCCAAGAGGGUGAGCGAGCGCUUCCUCACCAGGAGGGGGCGACGUAGCACAUGCAGCCUCAACGACUCUCCUACAGCGCUGUCUCCUAGCCCCACCCCUGGCUCCUCCCCUGUUCCAUCCAGAAGUAGCUCCACCUCCGUCCCGCCUCCGGCCCACAUCCGGCCCAACUCCAGCUCCGUCUCUGCCCCGCCUCCAUCCGCUGACAGGCUAGAGCCCAACCUCCCCACCCCACUUCCCACCCAGCGUCAGGAGGUUCCCCUCUGUACGGGACCAGAACGAGGCAGACAAGGUGGACACCGAGGGACACUCUCCCCUCGCCACGCCCCGUCGGCCACUCUGAAGAAGGCCGCCUCUACGCCCGCCCCCCUGCCCUCCCUAAACCCCGCCUCCUCAUUGCAUAACCCCGCCCCCCUGCCCGACGAUAGCCCCGCCCCCUCCCCCGCCACAGGCGUGGCCAAACCCGUGCCCCGCCCCCCCAUGCAGCAGGCCCCGUGCACCGCCGAGAUCAAGACCAUCGGCGCCUUCCCGCCGCUCAUGCGCGCCGUCUCCUGGGAUACCGUGGGCACGCUGAGUCUCCGUGGCGACGGGCACAGUAGUCCCGCCCCCAAGGGGGAGGAUUCAGCUCUAGCUCCGCCCCUCAGCAAGACGUCGGGAUACAAGGACUUCCCUGUUCCACCCGUCAACCUGCAGAAGCUCUCCAAACUCAGAGAGGAACACAAGCUGAUACGGAACAACAGCAUCUCCUCCACCAAGCUCCCUGAACUGUCUGAGACUGCAGAGCAGGAGAGAGGCCCCUCCCCUUGCCCCCCUGACUCCGCCCAGGAGGAGAAGACUGACGUGCUGCCCAGCAUCUCUGAUGUCAUGCUGCGCAAGCUCAAGCUGCACAGGGGACUACCGGGCUGCGCGCCACCUCUCUCAGAGAAGGAGGUUGAGAAUGCGUUUGUGCAGUUGUCUCUGGCGUACCGUAACGACGGCUACACACUGGAGACGCGGCUGAAGCAGGCGGAGAGGGAGCGCAACCUGACGGAGGAGAACACGGAGAAGGAGCUGGAGGAGUUCAAGGGAUCACUCAAGGGCACAGCGUGUCUAUGGCAGAGUGUGGAGCAGAGGGAGUCCUACCAGCGCCUCCUGGAGACCAUGGCGGUACUGCAGCGUCUGGCCAUCCGCCUGUCCAGCCGAGCAGAGAUGGUGGGAGCAGUGCGCCAGGAGAAGCGCAUGAACAAGGCCACGGAGGUGAUGAUGCAGUACGUGGAGAACCUGAAGAGAACCUACGAGAAGGACCAUGCGGAACUCAUGGAGUUCAAGAAGCUAGCCAAUCAGAACUCCAAUCGCUGCUACGGAGGUUCCAUGGACACUGGAGAUGAUGGAAUCCCUCGACCCUCCCGCUCCAUGUCCCUCACCAUGGGGAAGGCGAUGCCCCGCAGGAGAGUCAGUGUUGCCGUGGUUCCUAAAUUCAACCUCCUCAACAUCCCAGGCCAGGCCCCGGGCCAGAUCGCAGGCCAGUUGCCAGGGCAACCACCUGUUCAGCUACCUGGGCAGGCACCUGGCGUCAGCUGCGGCCCCACUUUGGUACAAGCGCCCAACCCUGCACUCCCAGUGCUGUGUGAAGCCACAGUGAGGACGGCUCCUCCCAGUGAUGCAACACUACACCCUGCACCAGAGAGUGGGAAACAGAGCCAAUGUGACGCCGCAGCUCCUGCCAAGAGCAUGGAGGAGAUCCGCUCGGAACUGAAGGCCAAGAUAGAGGAGGAGGCCUACAAAAAAGGGUUUGAGGAGGGUCUGAAGAGGCUGAAAGAGUUGAAGGAGGAAGAGGAGGAGAAGACUGACGCCACUAAUAAGGAGAAGAAGGAAGAAAAGGAGGACCAGAAGGAGGAGAAGGAGGAGAAGAGUGAGGAGCUGGAGGUGCCAGGAGAGAGGGAUGAGGAGGCGCACAGAGAGAAGAGAAGCAGCAGUCGGCUGUGGGAGCUGUGGAGCGUAGUGGAGCGUUCCUGUCCCAAGGUUCCCAAGGUUCUGUGGCGGAACCGUGUGAUGUGGGCGGCGCUGACGUCCCUGCUGGUUCUCCUGUUCCUCUUCAACCUCUUGGGGUUCCUUAGCAACAGCUCCGCAGCCCUCGGCGACGCCUCGUCAGAGGCAGCAGAAGCCCCGCCCUCCCAGAACAAACUGUUCGGACUCAACGUGGGGUCAAAGGGCAAGCAGCCUGCCCAAGAAUAACACACACACAUGCACGCGCGCGCACACACACACACACACAUGCACACACAUGCACACAUGCACGCGUGCGCACACACACACACACACACACACCCACACAUGCACGCGUGCGCACACACACACACACACACACACACACACACACACACACACACACACACACAACAUACACACGUGCACUCCUGCCUUCCAAAGACUACCCCUACCUACUUGAAUUCUGAGCACACACACACACACAUAUAGAUUAAGCCAGAGAUGUUUACCUGUGCUCUUUUCCACUCUAUUAGUAGGGCACUGGCCCUGAUGUGGCCCUGAUGUGGCCCUGAUGUGGCCCUGAUGUGGCCCUGAUGUGGCUGGGUCUGGUGUCUCAGGUUGUGGGGUGGAGUUUGAUUGUGAGAUAUUUAAGUUAAAGUUUGAGGUUUUUAUGACACUAGAUGUUAUUUUCUCUCUUGCUAUUCUGUUGGUGUGUAUUUAAGUUUGAGGUUUUUACGAUACUAGAAGUUAUUUUUCUUUCUCGCUAUUCUGUUGGUGUGUAUUUAAGUGCUGGUUUGUUAUCUUCUCCCUCGCUAGUCUUGGUGUGUAUUUAAGUGCUGGUGUGUAGAGGAUAUGAUGCGCCCCCUAGUGGAGCUGUGCUUGUGUGCGUGUACCACUGAUCACCCCUCACUGUGUGUGUCACCUGUGUGUCUGCAGUGCAACACCCCACUCAACCAGACCAAUAAAGUUCAUCCACCACCACUCAA